UGACGUCACCCCAUUGUGGUAUAGUGUUCAACCCAGUGAAUGUGUUGUGAUGGGGUAGGUUUAUCUACUCUGUCUACUCCACACCCCAGAGCUGUGACCUGAUGGACGGCACCAUCCCAGACACCGAUAUUGAGGAGGACUGUGAAGAGGUCAUGUCUGAGGCAUUCGAGGAAUUCUGCCAGAGAUGUGAUCAGCUUUAUAAACGAGCUGCUCAUUGUCCUGCGCCACCACAGAAAGAGUUCAAAAAGGACUCCCGGUUCUGGCUCCACAAGAACAGGAACAGACGAUCACAGAAGAAAUACGGUGACGAUGGCGAGCUCACGUAUGACCAAGUCUUCUCAGUCAUUGGCAAGAAUGGAAGGCGCUUCAAGAAAGAUUCCCGUGUGUGGCUUCACAAGUCAACCGUCAGGGCGUACACGAUAAGACAGUUACAGAAGAACUGCAACUGCAACGGCGUUCUCAGUACCCACGAUGAAAACAGGGUGACCGUCACAACCAAGAUCACCACCACUAGCGGGAACCCUCGAUGGCGAAAGUGUCAUACAAUAGCCCCUGAUCAGCUCUAUGAAAAGUUGAGAGCUGCUGGUUGCGGCCGGAAAAGGAAGAGAGGAGAACUUGUGUCGUCUGCCCCGUCCUCCCCUGCAAAGAAAAACGAAUCAAGUCUCGGUUUGCUGUCACGCAGCCUCGACGGGGCUGUGGGGCUUACAAGAUGCGUUGACAGGAUUGAUGACGAUCCACUUGGCCUCCCCCGCAUCGCCUCUACUGAGAGCGUUUAUGGCAGCUCACCAGAGGAGAACCAGGUGGAGAAGUCACCCUGGUCAGACUUUGAAGUCAUGUCUGACAACAGGUCCUCCAACAACAAGCUUAACGAUGACCACUCGCCAGCCUCAUCAGAUGGAAGCAUCAACUUGAUCAAUGAGAAAAUUCAUGACUCCUCACCGAGAUCUGACACGUCACGUGCGGAUCUGAUGAACGACCAGGUGUCAUCAUUAUGUUUCAUAGUAGAAGAGUCCACCAGGUACGACCCCCCGAUCACACCACCCGGGAGUCCCUGGCAUGAGGACUGUGGGGAGAUCGAUGCUGAAGUUGAAGCUGCCUUCUCGGAAGACAGCAGCAGCUCAGACUUAUACUGGCGAAACUUUAACACCAACAACUAGGCGAUGUGUUAUCUAAUCGAUGUAUUAGAAAGUGAAUAACAGCGUUUGUCUUAAAACACACAUAUACCAGUAGCAUAUCUAUUAAGGUAAAAUCGAUAAUAAUUACAGCGAUUUUUUUAAACAAACACGUCAAGUAUAUUGUAACAUGUUUUUAUUUCAAAAUAUAUUAUGAAAGUAAUAAUUAUUUUGCGACAGUUUUCUGGUUUUUAUCAUAAUGAAUUGUUUUGUUUGAUUUCAUUGUUGUCAUUUGAAAUCAAUAGUUUAGUUUAUUUAUUUUUGUUCCAUGUGGCUAAAUGUUCAAAAAGGUGAAACGUUUCUAAACUAUACCAGAACUGUGCAGUAAUGUAACAGGUUUGUCCAAUGCCAUAUAUAAUAUAGACUCACAAUCAUAUCUCGUUUUGUGCAUGUUUGUAUUUCAACAUUUUAUGAUUUACGAAAUGGGUAUUACUUAUAAAUACGUGGGUCUUACUCGCCCACAAUAGGCAGUUCGGCACCUGGAGCUAGCAUAUGGGAAAAGCAUAUUUCACGGAGCAUCGCUGUUAUAGUUAAUAUCCCCUUGCUAUUGUGACACAAUGUUUCUAAAGAAAACGUUUCCUGCACACAAAGACAAGAGGAAUGAGCAAGCGGGAGCAUACCAGUGUGGCUUUCUAUUCCUAUCUGCGAUAUUGUAUAUUGUAUUAAUUCAAAUAGCGCUUUAUUGAUGUAAUAUCUCAAUCAGUGUAUCUCGCAUACAUUAACAACACUGUAUUUACAUAAAAUAUGUCAUCAU